GGAGGAGGUCAAGUAUUUGCCAAGCCAUUCCAGGACGUGCAAAUCAGACAGACCAUCAGUCAGAACAACGUCAGAACAGCGGGUCAAUCCGGACAAGGCACUGUCAACCAGAUCUUGGAAAUUGAAUCGAGAUUGAAAGCGCAAGAAAGUGUGAUUGCAAAGGGAUCGCCAGCAUCUUUUCAUCAGCAAUUCUUCAAAGUCAGUCCUGACGCACUGACCCUCGCCAGAGGCGCUUUAGUAGGGNAAAUUGAAUCGAGAUUGAAAGCGCAAGAAAGUGUGAUUGCAAAGGGAUCGCCAGCAUCUUUUCAUCAGCAAUUCUUCAAAGUCAGUCCUGACGCACUGACCCUCGCCAGAGGCGCUUUAGUAGGGAUAGAAGCCAGCAGAAAUCUCGUCAGAGAGUAUGGCUUGAGUGCACUGGAAGCUGGCUAUGGUCUGCAAAAGUUCAACCUUGGAGGCGCCAAUCUGGCUAAUGUUUGUCCACCGCUGCCAAAUUGCCAAAGAGUCAAUCAGCAAAGGUACAGGACCAUAGAUGGGAGCUGCAACAAUUUGCGGAAUCCUUCUUGGGGAAUGACCAACACUGCAAUGCAACGCAUCCUCCCCCCAACAUACAACGAUGGUGUUUGGGAGCCCAGGCAAUUUUCCAGGGUGACAGGUCAGCCCUUGCCUUCAGCGAGAGCAAUCAGCACGGCUGCCAUCCACGACACAGACAGUCCUGAUGAUUUCCUCACCCUGCUGGUCAUGCAAUGGGGUCAAUUCUUGGAUCACGAUAUGACACAUGCUGGGGUUUUCAAACUCGAUGCGCAGCAGAACACAGGAAUCCUGUGCUGCAGGAAUAAUAAUCCCAUCAAUCCUGCUCCACAUCCGGCUUGUAUGCCCAUUGACAUACCUCAAAAUGAUAGAUUUUACUCAAGAUUUGGCAACAGGUGCAUGGAGUUUGUCAGGUCAAUCCCUGCUCCAAGACCUGGUUGCACACUCGGAUACGCUGAUCAGAUGAACCUCAUCACUCACUUCGUGGACGCCUCCAACGUGUAUGGGUCAACUGACCGCGAAGUCAGAGAGCUCAGACUCUUCAGAAAUGGUCAACUGAAGGUCACUCAGACCAGGUCACCGAGACCACUGCUGCCCCUGAGUGACAGCGAGGGCGAUGACUGCACGGAACUCAACAGAAACAUUCGUUGCUACAAAGCAGAACGGUUCGGCUAUUCGCAAGACUACGACCCGAGCAUUGAUCCAUCCAUCAACAACGAAUUCGCCACUGCUGCUUUCCGUUUCGGACACACUCUGGUCCAACGGUCUUUCCAGGUUUUCGAGGCUCGUUCGGGUUCUCCUGAACAAGUGCUGGAGCUGAGAAACGUUUUCAACAACCCAAGUUUCCUCAACGCUCCAGGAGCUGCUGAUGGACUCGUGCGAGGCAUGACUUUGCAGCCCAUGCAGACCUUUGACAACAGCAUCACGGAAGAGUUGACAAACCAGUUGUUCAAGAAGAACAAUCCCUUCGGAAUGGAUUUGAUAUCGCUGAAUAUCCAUAGAGGAAGGGACCACGGUUUGCCAACAUACAAUGACAUGCGGGAAUUGUGUGGAAUCGGAAGAGCCAACAACUUCAACGACCUCAGUUUCGAUAUGCCGGAAAACGUGAGCGAAAUUUUAAUGAAAUACACUACUUGA